AUUCAACCACUGGUUUGACGUAAUGGCCCUCCUGCAUCAGUUCAAAAUCGCAGGGGGCCAGGUGACCUACAAGAGCCGCAUCCGGGGCAGUGAUUGCUACACGGCUAACAGUGAAAACAGCCGCAUCGUUUUGUCUGAAUUCGGGACUGUGGUCAUGCCAGAACCCUGCAAGAACUUCUUCCAGCGCUUUCUGUCCCGGUUCGAACUGCCAAAAGCGUCAGAUAAUGACAAUGUGAGCUUUGUGACAAACAAGGGUGAUUACUUCCUGAGCACGGAGACAAACUUCAUGCACAAGGUGGACCGUGAGACACUUGAGACAAAGGAAAAGGUGAACUGGAGCAAAUUCAUCGCUGUCAAUGGAGCCACUGCCCACCCCCACACAGACCCUGAUGGUACAACAUACAACAUGGGGAAUUCUUUCUCUGCUAAAGGUAAGUAAGGAACUAGCCCCUGCCCAUUCACUAACCACCUUCCACCACCAAUGCCUGGGAGGAGGAUGGCUUCCUGGUUAUGGACCUCUGAGUCGCAGACGAUGGCAAAGCCAUCAACAACUACAUGGUUCAGAACAUGCGCAAGUCAGGAGAGGCUCUGGACGAGGUUAGUAUCAGUC